CUCUAUCACCACCUGUUUUGCAAACAAUGGCUAGUCCACAAACAUCACCAUUAUCAUUGUCUCUUCCACCUGCUUCUUCUCCUGCUCCAACAAAUCAAUCACAAACUCCUCUAACUUCUCCUCCUUCUCCACCACCAACUCCACCUCCACCACCACCACCACCACCACUGCCUUCUCAGCCUUUAAAACCACCACACAGUACUUCUCCUCCUAUUCCUACACCUUCAUUACCUCCAAAUCCUCCAUCUGCGAGACCCUCACCACACACUAUUUCUCCACCACCACCUCCACCACCAUCACUGCCUUCUCAGCCUUUAAAACCACCACACAGUACUUCUCCUCCUCCUCCUAUUCCUACACCUUCAUUACCUCCAAAUCCUCCAUCUGCGAGACCCUCACCACACACUAUUCCUCCACCAACCCCACCAGCCUCUCCAUCACUGACAAGAACUACUCCUACAACUCCUAGUGGGUCACUAUCGCCUUUAGCAUUGUCUCCGCCAUCUCCUCAGGCUACAAACAGUCCCAUCACAUCUCCACCUCUGCCACCACAUGUAUCAACCGGGAUUGUAGUAGGAUGUUUCAUUGGUAUUCUGGCUAUUGUGAUUGGCAUAUAUUUUGUUUUUUGCCGGAGAAAAAAUAAGCACGAAAAGAAUGAGGAUUACUAUUUCGUGGCCUCAAAAGUACUACCCCAACAUUAUUCACAAAAGAAUGUUCUACGAUCAAGGGCACAUUUUCUCAAGGUGUUACCAAAUCCAUUUCCCCAACCUUCUCACAUGAGCAGCAAAGGACGUUCUGGUUUACUUAGUCCAAUGUCUGAAAUUCCAUCUCCACGCCCUGGUGCUGCCUUGGGUUUUUCAUGUGUAGUUUUCACAUAUGAUCAAUUAAUGUUAGCCACCAAUGGUUUCUCUGAGGCCAACCUUCUUGGACAAGGCGGCUUCGGGUACGUACACAAGGGUGUCCUUCCAGGUGGGCAAGAAGUUGCAGUCAAGCAAUUAAAGAUAGAUAGCCAUCAAGGGGAGAGAGAAUUUCAGGCUGAGGUGGAGACCAUUAGUAGGGUUCACCACAAACAUCUUGUUUCAUUAGUUGGGUACUGCAUUACUGGGGCUGAGAGGUUGCUUGUUUAUGAGUUUGUUUCAAACAAAACCUUGGCAUUCCACUUACAUGGAGAAGAGCAACCUGUGAUGAACUGGGCAUAUAGAAUGAAAAUCGCUGUUGGGUCUGCAAAAGGACUAGCAUAUCUUCAUGAAGAUUGUAAUCCAAAAAUCAUUCAUCGUGAUAUCAAGGCAUCGAAUAUUCUUCUUAACUCUAAGUUUGAGGCAAAGGUUGCCGACUUUGGACUGGCCAAAAUAUUUUCAGAUACCACUGCUGACAUUACUCACAUCUCUACUCGAGUGGUGGGAACCUUUGGGUACCUGGCUCCAGAGUAUGCAUCAAGUGGUAAAGUAACAGAUAAAUCAGAUGUUUAUUCGUAUGGAGUCAUGCUCUUAGAACUCAUAACUGGACGAUUACCUAUCAGCCAAGCACAGUCAUCAACAAAUAUAGGCCUGGCUGAAUUUAUAGUUCAUGCUUUAGAAGGACAUGUUUCUCUGACGUCUCUUGGUGAGGAAAUGCAACCGGAGCAUGGCAAUACAUACAUGAAAAACAUGAAGUCGAUAUUUGAAGGUCAUGGAUAUGGCACCAGUAAGUACGAUAGUGGAAACACCAGUGAGUUUGGUCGUUACCCAUCUAGCUCAAGCAGUGAGUCCCACCAAACAAACUGAGAUUAAGAUGGCAGAGAUGAGGAUGGAGGGCCAAUAUAUGGAAUGCUCAUUUUUGUCCCUUGGAACACUUGCUUUUUCUUUCUGGGGGAUUUCCUAUUGGAUUUUAUUUACUUCAUUUCCUUGAGAUAAAAAAUGGGGAGGCAGGGGGUACUAAAAUUGCUUAAAUUUUCUUACUCAGGUCUGUUCAAUAUCUGUUAUAUGUGGUUGCAUUUAAAGUUGAUCGUGGAAGCAUGAUAGGUGAUGAUGCUUAUCAUUGCAGC